AUGAAUAAACAAAAAGAUAUUAACAAUGAAAUCUCUGGCGGAGAAUCUAGCGACAGUUGCAGUGACGGAGAAAUGGAUACAGAAAAUCCUUUGUCUGUAUUUACAACCCCAGAAACUCCAAACUUUUCCUCAAUAUCACCACCUUCCUCACCAUUUGCAUCAAAACCAACAGUAACAACACAAUCUUCCACACCGACCCUAAGCUCAAAACCUCAAACCAGUCAACCAAAUCCUCCAAUUUUAUCCCCACUAGUUUAUCAGACACCCCAAGGCAUGAUGUACGCUGCGACGCCCUCUGCUGGCGGGGUAAUUCUUAGUCUAGCACCGACAGAUGGAAAUAGUGCUCAUCCGCAAUUUAUAACUAUACCGUUGUCUAUGGUCGCAGCUAACGGUCAAGGAGAAAUUGACUUGUCAAAGAGGAAGUGA